CGCACGGAAUCGGGAGACACUGACCGCUCACGAUGGUCGCGAUUGCUCUCCGUAGAGUCCUCUUUCGAGAGACAACAAAAGCAUCGGCGUCGGCUUCGACGUCGACAUCAUAUUCCCAGUCAGCAUCAUUUGAAACAUUGUCUCGACUGCCGCUGGCGUCACAGCGAGCGCCGCCUUUGCGCUGGAGGAACAGGUUCCUCUCCUCAUCCAGUCCCUUGAGCCGCUCCCAGGACGACCCGUACAAGCUACUUGGCCUGGACUACUCGAAAGUGGGAUCCAACGGGUGGGACGUGAAUCUGGAUGAGCUCAAGGUGCUUUGGAGGAGGCGCGUAGCCCUUACCCACCCCGAUCGGAUGGGCGGCAAGUCUGAGAAGGAGAGAAUGGCAGCAGAACAACAGUCGGCGAUGAUCAACAAGGCCUACGAAACGUUGCGAGAGCCGCUGCAAAGAGCUCAUCUCCUCUUGGAGAAGCACAACGUUCCAGUGCCCUCGGAAUCGGACUCGCUUGAGGACGCAGAGGUGCUGAUGCAGGUUAUGGAGCUGCGCGAAGCCCUCGAAGAGGCCACCUCGGAGCAAGAAGCUCAGCAGGUCCUCGAGGACAACCAGGUUUACUUCGACGAGGCGAUCGCGCAAAUUAAAAAGGCGUUUACCUCUGAUCCACCCAACGUCCAAGAUGCCAGUAAAGCCUCGGUGAGCCUGCGUUACUGGACAAACAUCCAAAAGGCUGCCAGAGAGUGGCAGCCGGGCAAGAGAGUCGAGCUCGAAGAUUGAGUUUGGAGCUAUUCGAUACAAGUUGCUGUCUGUUACUACUAAGUAGUGUACUGUACAAUGAUAGGCAAGAGAAUAGACACCCGCGCUCCAGACACAUAGCGAGAAAGUAAUACAAGGAGAGGCCAAGGAGAGGAAAAACUCUCAGGGGUCCGUCUCUGCGGGUUGAAAGUAGGGGGCA